GCAGCUCGGGAGCGCGCGGGUCGAUCGGGAGCGCGCCACGCUCGUGCUGCUGCGCCCAGUCCAGUCUCGAGCUGCUGCCGCCGCCGCCGCCGCGUGCGCGCUCGUGCCGUGUAACGCGGAAUGUAACGCGUCGUUUCCGAGGACUCUUCCCACACGGAAUACAGCGACGCAGCCUCGCGCCGAGGACGCGACCUCCGCGCGCCGGUGCACGGUGGGAUCUUAAUAACCAACCGCGCGUGCAUUUCUGCAUUUCUGCGGUACACACCGCCCAGCCAGGUCUCACGCGCUUUCCGUGAUUUGCACCUCUAAAACACCGAAAGAGAGAGAGAGAGAGAGAGAGAAUAAAAGACACGCACCGGACAGCCAUGGCCGAGCGCAACUCGAGCGGCUUGAUGAUGAUGAUGAUGAUGGUGGAGCCGACCCUCCCGUCGGAGGUGCGCGAGAAGCUUGCCGAGCUCGAGCUCGAGCUCUCUGAAGGAGACAUCACACAGAAGGGCUAUGAAAAGAAGAGAGGGAAGCUGCUAGCACCCUACAUACCGCAGAUACAAGGUGUAGACCCCUCAUUGCAGACGGAUCCGCGAAUCCCGGCGUCCUCACAGGCGGCUCCUAUCACGUCCAAACAGAACAAACCCAGAGCAGCCAACUCACGGGACGAGCGUUUCAGAUCCGACCUGCACACAGAAGCAGUGCAAGCAGCUUUAGCAAAAUACAAAGAGAGAAAAAUGCCCAUGCCAUCCAAGCGACGGUCAGUUCUGGUCCAGUCCUCUGUGGAAGCCUGCACACCGCCUGACACCUCAUCAGCGUCAGAGGAUGAGGGACGGAUGGCGUCAUCAUCACCGUUCCAGGCACCAAACCCGAAUGUGGAGCACUGGUUCAACCGCGUCAUCCAUCAUCACUGCUCAUCCACUUCCUCCUCCGCCUCCUCCACUUCAUCGUACCCGGGUGGGCGGAGCCAACACAGCAGUAACUCCGCCUCAAACUCUGCCACAGCUGCUACGGUUCUGGCUGAUGUCAUGGCUAACACACAACUCGACAACCACUGUGCUCCUCCAGAUGUUACAGGGCUGUCUGAGCGCUCACAGGUAGCCUCGGUGCGAGGUCUUCCCCACGGAUACACACACACACACCCCAGCAGCGCUAUGGACACGGCUGACGGUGUCCCCGUGAACAGUCGUGUUUCAUCUAAAAUCCAGCAGCUCUUGAACACACUGAAGAGACCCAAGCGGCCGCCACUGCGCGAGUUCUUCCUGGACGAUUUCGAGGAGCUCUUGGAUGUCCAGCAGCCUGACCCUAACCAGCCCAAACCAGAGGGGGUCCAGAUGUCUCCUCUGCAUUACGAGGUGUUAGACUUGGGGAAAAAAUGGCCACCGUCACUCCUGGCCUCUCUGCAACGAUGGGGCAAUGCACAUCCUAAAAGCCCCUGUCUCACAUCAUUAGAUAACACGGGCAAACCCCUCUACACCCUCACAUACGGAAAGUUAUGGACACGAAGUCAGAAACUAGCAUAUACACUUCUGAACAAGCUCAGCUCAAGGAAUGAGCCACUGCUGCGGCCUGGGGACAGGGUGGCCCUCGUUUUUCCCAACAACGACCCUGUAAUGUUCAUGGUGGCGUUUUAUGGCUGUCUCCUGGCAGAGCUAGUGCCUGUGCCCAUAGAAGUGCCACUAACACGAAAGGAUGCGGGCAGCCAGCAGAUCGGGUUUCUCUUAGGCAGCUGUGGUGUGACUCUGGCUUUAACUACUGAUGUGUGUCAGAAAGGCCUUCCUAAAGCUCACACUGGAGAGGUGGCCACGUUUAAAGGUUGGCCGCGUUUGCUGUGGUUUGUUACCGAUGGGAAACAUGUUGUAAAACCGCCUAAAGAUUGGAAUCCUCCAAUCAGAGAUAGCAGCAAUGAGACAGCCUACAUUGAGUAUAAGACGAGUAAGGAAGGCAGCACGAUGGGCAUCACUGUGUCCCACUCUGCCAUGCUGGCUCACUGCCACGCACUGACGCAGGCCUGCGGGUACACUGAGGGUGAGACCAUCACUAAUGUUCUGGACUUUAAACGUGAUGCAGGCCUUUGGCAUGGUGUUUUAACUAGUGUGAUGAACCGGAUGCACGUGAUCAGCAUCCCAUACUCCCUGAUGAAGGUCAACCCUUUGAGCUGGAUCCAAAAAGUACACGCGUACAAAGCACGCGUUGCUGUGGUGAAGUCCAGGGACAUGCACUGGUCACUGCUGUCUCAGAGAGAUCAGAGGGACAUCAGUCUGAGCUCAUUACGCAUGCUGAUCGUGGCAGACGGAGCCAAUCCAUGGUCAAUCUCCUCCUGCGAUGCUUUCUUGAACGUGUUUCAGGCUCGAGGUUUGAGGCCCGAGGUGAUUUGUCCCUGUGCUAGCUCAUCUGAGGCUCUGACUGUCGCAAUACGCAGGCCUCCAGAAAUGGGAGUCCCUCCUCCAGGUAAAGCGGUCCUCUCCAUGAGCAGUCUGAGUCACGGUGUGAUCCGAGUUGACACGGAGGAGAAACUCGCCGUGCUUACAUUGCAGGAUGUAGGACAAGUGAUGCCUGGAGCGCUGGUGUGUGUGGUGCGACCAGAAGGAACGCCUUACCUCUGCAAGACCGACGAAGUGGGUGAGGUCUGUGUGAGCUCCUGCACUACAGGUGUGUCCUACUAUGGCCUGCCGGGCAUCACCAAGAACGUGUUCGAGACGGUUCCAGUGACAGCGUCUGGCUCUCCCGUUAGCGAUCGACCGUUCACUCGGACCUCGUUGCUCGGCUUCAUCGGACCGGACGAGCUGCUGUUUGUUGUAGGGAAGAUGGAUGGGCUGAUGGUGGUCAGUGGGCGGAGACAUAACGCUGAUGAUGUCGUGGCGACAGCGCUGGCGGUGGAGCCGAUGAAAUUUGUCUACAGAGGACGGAUUGCUGUGUUUUCUGUGUGUGUGCUUCAUGAUGAGAGGAUCGUCGUGGUAGCGGAACAACGACCAGAUGCAUCGGAGGAAGACAGCUUUCAGUGGAUGAGCCGGGUGCUACAGGCGAUCGACAGCAUCCAUCAGGUGGGUGUGUACUGCCUGGCGCUGGUUCCGGCUAACACGCUGCCCAAAGCGGCGCUCGGUGGGAUUCACGUGUCUGAGACGAAGCAGCGUUUCCUGGAGGGAGCUCUGCACCCCUGCACCGUGCUCAUGAGCCCUCACACCUGCAUCACCAACCUGCCAAAACCCAGGCAGAAACAACCAGAGGUGGGACCUGCCUCCAUGAUUGUAGGGAAUCUUGUUGCUGGGAAGCGAAUCGCUCAGGCCUGUGGGAGAGACGUGACUCAGCUGGAGGAUAAUGAUCAGUUUCUGUACAUGCAGGAUGUUCUGCAGUGGAGAGCUCAGGCCACGCCCGAUCACCCGCUGUUUCUGCUGCUCAACUCCAAGGGUGCCGUGGCGAACAGCGCGUCCUGUGUGCAGCUCCAUAAGCGUGCCGAGCGAGUCGCUGUGGCUCUCAUGGAGCGUGGCAGACUGAACGCAGGAGAUCAUGUCGCACUAGUUUACCCACCGGGCAUCGACCUGAUUGCCACUUUUUACGGCUGUCUGUACGCCGGCUGUGUUCCAGUAACAGUCCGUCCACCUCACCCACAGAACCUGGCCACAACGCUACCCACCGUCAAGAUGAUAGUCGAGGUCAGUAAGUCAGUGUGUAUCCUGACCACACAAGCAAUAAUGAAGCUCCUGAAAUCCAAAGAAGCCUCAGCCACCGUGGAUGUAAAAACAUGGCCGAUGGUACUAGACACAGAUGAUCUGCCCAGAAAGAAACUCCAACAAAUCUACAAACCGCCGACGCCGGACAUGCUUGCGUACCUGGACUUCAGUGUGUCCACUACAGGCAUACUGGCUGGAGUGAAGAUGUCCCAUGCUGCUACCAGUGCCUUGUGUCGCUCCAUAAAGCUGCAGUGUGAGUUGUAUCCUUCGCGACAGAUCGCCAUCUGCUUGGACCCUUACUGCGGACUUGGCUUCGCUCUCUGGUGCCUCUGCAGUGUAUACUCUGGACACCAGUCUGUUCUUGUCCCUCCUCUGGAGUUGGAGAGUAACGUGUCAGUCUGGCUCUCAGCUGUGAGUCAGUACAAAGUACGCGUGACCUUCUGCUCUUACUCAGUGAUGGAGAUGUGCACUAAAGGCCUGGGUUCUCAAACUGAAGCUCUACGGUUACGAAACAUCAACCUGUCAUGUGUGCGCACCUGCAUGGUGGUGGCUGAGGAGAGACCCCGCAUCACUCUCACUCAGUCGUUCUCCAAGAUCUUUAAGGACUUGGGCCUCUCGCCUCGAGCCGUCAGCACUACCUUCGGCUGCAGAGUCAACGUGGCCAUCUGCCUUCAGCCCAACAGACUGGGCAACCUGGCUGAUCAGGGUACAGCUGGCCCUGAUCCCACCACCGUCUAUGUGGACAUGAGAGCACUUCGACAUGAUAGAGUGCGGUUGGUCGAGAGAGGUUCUCCACACAGUCUGCCACUGAUGGAGUCAGGAAAGAUCCUGCCUGGUGUAAAAGUAAUCAUUGCUCAUACAGAGACCAAAGGACCACUUGGAGACUCUCAUCUUGGAGAGAUCUGGGUUAGCAGCCCGCACAAUGCCACAGGAUAUUACACGGUUUACGGUGAGGAGGCGCUGCACGCUGAUCACUUCUGCACUAAACUAAGUUUCGGUGACACACAAACCAUAUGGGCGCGGACGGGAUACCUGGGCUUCCUGCGCAGGACUGAACUCACUGACGCCAGCGGAGAACGGCACGAUGCACUGUACGUUGUUGGAUCUCUAGAUGAGACCCUGGAGCUCAGAGGGAUGCGCUAUCACCCCAUUGAUAUUGAAACCUCUGUCAUCAGAUCACACAAGAGCAUCGCGGAGUGUGCCGUGUUCACGUGGACUAACCUGCUGGUGGUUGUGGUGGAGCUGGAAGGCUCGGAGCAGGAGGCUCUGGAUCUCGUCCCCCUCGUCACCAACGUGGUUCUGGAGGAGCAUUACCUAAUCGUGGGCGUGGUGGUGGUGGUCGACCCCGGUGUCAUUCCCAUCAACUCUCGCGGGGAGAAACAGCGCAUGCACCUGCGGGACGGCUUCCUCGCCGAUCAGCUGGACCCCAUUUACGUGGCCUAUAACAUGUGAAACCAGGAAAAAAACAGAACGUGAGACUGGGAUUGAGACGGUGUCUCCUUCUGCACAUCUUCAUGAUGAACGAACACGAUGGAACUAUGCAGUGUAUGUGAGCGUGUGUGUAUGUGCGUUUGUGUGUAUGGGUGUUUUCCUCGAAGGAAGACUGUUACAAUGCCUCUGAUACGAAACAGUGUCUCCCCAUUUCAUAACUGACUGACUGCAUACCGUUUCAGAUAUCAGGUUAAAGGAAUAUUUAAAUAUAUACGAUUUUCCUUUCAGGUUACAUGUAGUUUUUGAAGGUGUGUUUUUUCUGUUUUUGCACUGAAUCUGUAAAGCCAAUUAGGUUUAACCAUAAUGGAAGUCUAUCUCACCCAAAACUAUCUACCUCCCACAAAUUAUCAUGUGACAUCGACUGGCUACAUAACCUUGUUUAAAAAGUAGAUAUUUAUUAGAUAUAUCAUAUAUUAUUACAGUGCUUCUUUACAUUUCGUGGAGCGGGGUCUUACAGGGAUGGAACGACACUCAACCACACUUAGGAACGUUUUUAUUCGCCCAAGGUGGCCACCACCCAUAAUGUUAAGGUCUGUAGAAUGAAUAGAGUUUUAUACCGUUCUACUGCUAUAAUCGUACAGUAUAUAGAGGGUUCGAGGCCUACAUCGUUUUCAAGGUACAUCAAAUAGUCAUCGUGUUUUGAUAAAUUUUAUUGUCUCAGUUAACAAAUGGUUUAAAGUAGAUAUAUUUUUACUUUGGUGGAAACAAAAAGCACUGCUUAAGGCUUUAACAGAAUAAAUUUUUUUUUUUUUGCUCCGCAACUUGUGAUCUCAAACAAAUUUAAUACACCUAAUCGUACAAACAUCAUAGCCUAGUCUACUUACUUUCUCAACUGUAUACUAAUGUAGAAGAAGUCUUCAAAUCAAACCUGUACUUUUGAUUGUGCAGAAUAACAAAACAAUGGAAGUAAAAACUCCCCUUAUUUCUCUAUACAAUCCGCUUAUCCAUUUAUCCCAGUGUUUCACUAGUGCUUGGAUACCUUAGAGAAAGUUUUCCCAUGAUCAGACUGCUUGAUUCAUGUCUAAAACCCUAGCCUCCCAGGAACUCCUUUAAUGGCCCAAACUAGUGGAAAUGGCUUGGAGUGAGAUCAGGACUGUAUGGGAGAUUUGGCAAUCAUUCCCAGCAGAGUUCCUGUAAUGUGCAGGAGGUGCUCGUGUUCAGUUCCCAUAGACAUGUGCGUCUCCUCCAAGUUAUCCGUCAUUGUUUUUUUAAUGAUCAGAAUCAGACGCUCCACUCGCUUGAAUGUUCACACGAAUGACUAGUGGGCUCCGAGCCACCUCAUCAUUCACAAACUUCUUUAAAACGUUUUCACCGUUUAAAUGUUUAACAGUUUUAUUUUAUUAAUAAUUGUACGAAUUGUAUAAAAGCGCAACUUUUUUUUUUUUAAUCAGAGACCGUCAUAUGGGUUUUACAUUUAUGCCAGUGAGAUGUCGUGCUAUAGUGCUUAAACACGUUAAUGGUUUCACACUAGUCAUAAAAUAUCUCUCCCAAGAACUGGUUGUGGUUUGAGGCAGAUAUGUCUGGAAAUGCUUUUGGGUGAGAUCGACUCUCUAUUACUCAUCUGUCACAUUAGCCUCGUAGCUCUGGUGGAAAAACUAACUAAAGAUUCAGACUUCAGACACCAAACACGUCUUGGCUGACUGACUAGGUUCGAUUUUUGUAAUGAACAGAAUGUUGGCUUAGGGGGUUGUUUUUGAAGUUUGUAGGAAACAAGAAGAACACAUCGCAGCCCAAACAUCAAUGCUGAUCCUUAUAUUCAAUCCUACUUUAGAUCGGCAGUUUUUCCCCAAACUCUCAGAGAGAAUGGUGUUUGUUUGGGCAGAAGGAGACUUUCAAGAGGAGGCGUGCGAACACACUGCACUUCAGCUCUCUGAUGAAUCAAAGCAAGAUGGUUUCAUCAUAUUCCAUCACCUCCACACGCUUUAAAUCUUUAAUAUGAUGGAAGAGAAAAUGAAAGUGCAAUAUGACGAAAGAUGAUCUGUUAUCUUGGUGUGUGUCACUGUUAUUGUGUAGGUUUGAUGCUCAGGAUUGCAGUUUUUCUCUUUCGCUUGCACACACACGGUCACUGCUCUACAAUACCUCAACACUAAUUAGGCUACAGAAAAAAAAAGAAAAUCAUCUAGGAUAUCAGGUAUGUUUCUCCAUUAUUUUGAACGAAGGGCAGCUAUUUUUCUGGUGCUGACAACUUUUAUGCGGAAUAUCGUGAAUCACUAGAGCGUGUUAGCCCUAGUGGCUAGCUUGUUAUUCACGCAGGAAGGAAACCUGUGAGGUUGUGUUACCUCAGUUAGAUCAUUUUAACCACAGCUUCUGGAAAUCAACAAGCGCAAAUUUAACCGCGGACAUCAUCGCUAGGUACAAACCUAGGUACAUUUGUAAACUUAAGGUUUUUGAACAUACAAAACUCUGAUGGAACUUUCGGGCCGAUUAACAAAGAAACACUAUGUGAAGUUGAAAAUGUGAAGCUGCCCUUAAACCUGUUGUAGGAAAUUAGCACUUUGACUUUUUUUCUUCUUUCUUUUUGUCAAUGAAUUUUAUAGCUUUAGGCUUGUAUUCAGUGUGAAAUAUUUAACAGUUGAUGUUUUCAGGAGGUUUAUAUGGAAUAAGCCCCCCCCCCCCAACUAUAAAGACACAGUUCUGUGUGUGGUGCGAUUGAGAAAAACUGUAACUAACUGAAUAUAUUAUUACUAGAAUUAAGCUUAUGUUGAUGAUUAUGUUGGUCCAUGAAUGCAAAACACAUUAACAAACCAGAAAACGCAACAGCUGUGGGUUAAGUCUAGUAAGGAUCGGGGUGUAAUGAGACGCAGAUUACACUUUCCAUACAGGAUAUAAUGGUGUCUGGAUACGAUUUAUUUUCUAUACAGAUUAAAAAUGAGCACUGCCUAUUUACAGCAUUUGGCAGCCGGCAUUAUACAGAGUGACUUGCUUUUUUAAUUUUUAAAUCUCACCAUAUAUCCGAGCAGUUGAGGAUUAAGGGACUUGCUCAAGGAUCCAACAAUGGCAACUUGGUGGUGGUGGGUUUAAACCUGGAACCUUUUUGAUCAAUGCCUUAACCACUGAACAACCCCUGCUCAAAAUCUCGGUUUGGAUUUUUGAAUUAAUUUAAACGUAUGAGAAGUAAAAUUCUGUUUUUGUCUGAUGCAUUCAGACUCUUUGCAACAUACAACGAAACUUACCAUAAGCUGUGCACUGGCACGACUAUGGGUGGCACUUUUUUUUUUUAUACUAAUCUUCUUCCUUCAAGAGCUCUCUGGAGCUCCUGGGUUCUCUAUUCACCUCAUAAUACUGUAUAUAAGUUUCUCAAUCAUUGUGCUGAUUUCUUUCUCCUGGACUGAAUGAGCAAGAAAAGACCUGACUGCUUUCUUUUCCAUUUUUAUUGUAGAUUUGGAGACAGUCACCAAAGUUUGAGGUUCUUACCAUCGGUAUAUAAUCAUGGCACGCUGUAACCUCUCAGGAAACAAAACUGCUUUUUAUAACCAGGCCUUAAAGAUUUGAGGUUUUUGCUCUUCCUGAGCUAAUACGCUAGAAAAGAAGGAUGGCUAAAUUAGAGAUGAAAGUAGUUAUACAUUCUUGAUGUUCAGUAUGUAGACAAAAGAUGCAGAGAAUAAACCCUAUACUGUAGGUGGUGGACAAUCCUGUAAAUCUUAGACAUUUCUUUUUAUGUCUCCACUUUGGAAGAGCCUCAGCUAACAAACUGUUCCGGAGUUCAAUCGCGGAACAACGUAAAAAGCAAAGCUAGGGCGCUAUGUAGGGUGUAUAAUUACAGCAAGUAGUGUCCUUGAUUAAGGGAUUAGUGGGGGAUUUGAUUGAGAGUUCCUUUCCUUUCGCAUUAGCUGUGAAAAAAGCUGGGACGUGAGCCAUGAACCUGUCAGCGCAAGCUCACGCUCAUGUUAACUAGCAGUAAAUGAAAGAUUGAAACACAAAUGGUGAAGAGGCAUUUGGGAACAACUUAGAAGCAAUUAUUAAGGGCACAAAGUGUUGUUUAAGAUGACAACGUUAUCAGGUGUGUUUUUUUGUUGUUGCAGAAAGUGCUUUCAUGUUUCACGAGCAUGCAGUACUUAACCUUACUUAUCUACAACCAUGAGCUUAGGAGAAACAUUGUUUCUUACAAAACUCUCAUUAAACAAUAUGAUACACCCAACACACAGUUUUGACAGAAUAUAGGAACUAAAAUAAUAUAGGAAUGGCUUUGAUUUAAUGUUUUGGUUUAAGUUAAAGUAAAAGGUAAUAGUUGAAUUAUUAACCAUCAUAUUCCCUUUGACCGUCUUUUAGUUUUUCAGCGUCUGUAAGACGUACAUGCACCGUAGCCCAUCAGCAAAGAGCAUGUGAUGCUCAAUGCGGGAUUGUACAGUCAGUGCUGAGCUUUCAGAAUUCGUUUUUGCGUUUUACACUUGAUUGCAAUGUUUUUUGAUUUGCUGUUGCAUCGAUGGUUUGUUAUCGUGUUUCACAUUCAUAUACGGCUGUAAAUUAUGCAUCAGAAAUUAACCUUAAGGUUAUGAGUUCCUCAUUCGCCAUCGCAACGAGCCUUAAAUAUUUCCCGUCACCUGUGGACACGUUUCAAAUGCUGUUCUGAUUUUGUUUUGAUUUAUUUUUCAGUUCGUCAUUCCUAUCAGGGUGCAGUGUGAACCUUAUUUAAGAUACGAUUAAUCUUAUCAUCGUCUAUUCCUUAUCAUCAUAAUUUCAGACUUGUAUUGUGUGUGUAGCUCACUUUUUUGUAUUUAAAUAGCAAAUGUAUUAUUGUCUUAAUCUUGCUUCUGGAGCUUCACGAACCCUCAUGGCUAGCAUGUAUCACACUUGAAAAUGAAUGUAUCGGGGUGGCUUUUUCCAAAGUGACUUACGUACUGUGCUUUACUGAUAUACAAAAGCUAACUUUCGAACUUCUCCCAGGACAUCAGAACGAACGGACGGAGUAAUUUCAGGAAAAAAGGCGAUUGCAGGUGUAAAGGGCUUCGUUUUUGAGUGUAAGAAUAGCCGCUUGUAUUUUUCAAAUUCAUUAUUCGCUGUAUAAUGAGAACGCCAGCAUUGUAAAGAAGACGCUUAUUUCCAUGGCUGCAUUCUGUAUUGUUAUUAUUAUUAUUAUAAUUAUUAUAAUUAUUAUAAUUUUGUUUGUGAGCUAUGUCAGGUGUAAAGCCUGCUGUAAUUAUGUACAGAAUUUGUGUAAGUUAUUACUGAGAUCUUAGAACAUAAUAGAAACAGAAGAAGCUUCAGAGCUAACCAAAUGUUCAUCUUUUCUUCACCAAGCAUCAGCAACAGGAAUCAAUAUGUACGCUGUUCUUUUCUGUUACAACACUCUGGGAGGAUGCAGGGACUGGUUUUGCUUCCAGGAAUACAAAGCACAUGUGGUUUUCUCAGCGUUAAACCAGUUAAAGAAUGUUCUGAGCAAUCAGCUGAUGUGGCUUUUUGUCCUAUGUUAACAUGAUUUUUCUUAAUAAAUAACUUGCUUUUAA